AUGAUGGACAUUGGUUUGGAAGAUAGAAAUGAAAAUCAAUCUGAUACAACUACAAUUAAGCUUCAUAAAGGAGAACCUGAUGAAACUAUGAUUCCAUUUAAUCUUCUUGAAAAAGCUACACAAAAAGUUUUUGCUGAUGAAAAAGGUAGACACCAGCGAACAUAUUGGACUUAUGGUGAAGAUGAGGGUAAUACAGAAUUACGUCAUCAAGUUAUUAACUUUCUUCGUCAUACAUGCGCCAUUGCAACAUUAAGCUAUGAAAAUAUAUUCAUUACAAAUGGUACAUCAGCUAUACUCGAUCAGAUAUGUACAAUGUUUUUACGUGCAGGUGAUACUAUACUAGUUGAAUGCCCAACAUAUUCAUAUGGUUUACAAAUUUUUCGUGAUCAUCAUUUACAUAUUAUUUCAUAUUCAGUGGAUGAUGAUGGUCUCGUAAUUGAUUCAACAUUCAUAAAUGAUGUGCUUGAACGAACCAAGCCUAAAAUGAUCUAUAUCGUACCUACAUUCCAAAACCCUGCUGGCGUUACUAUGUCUCAUCAUCGACGUGAACAAUUAGUUCAAUUAAGUUUAAAAUAUCAUUUUUUAAUUGUUGCUGAUGAAGUUUAUCAUCAUCUUGAUUAUGAGAAGCAAGAUCAUAAUAGUAAUGGAAUUGAUCAUGAUAGAUUAGUUGAACAUCCAAAAUCAUUUGCUGCUUAUCAUGCAGCUGGAACCGUUGUAGCACUUCAUUCGUUUUCAAAAAUUCUUACACCUGCUUUGCGUUUGGGUUUUGCAUGUGCAAGUCAUGAACAUGUUAAUGCUAUGGGCCGUUAUGGUUUAAUACAUAGUGGUGGAGGAGCCAAUCCUUUUGUUUCAGGUAUUGUUGCUCGAACUCUAGAGGAUGGUUCAUUAAAGAAAUUCAUCGAUGAAAAACUAUGUGUUGAAUAUGGAAAACGUAUGAGGGUAUUAUACAAUGAAUUGAUGCAAAUAUUUGGCGAAAAACAUAUUACUUGCCGACGUCCAUCAGGUGGUUAUUUUCUUUGGGUCAAAUUUAAUGAUACAGGUGUUGACUGUGACCAACUAUUCAUUAUUGCUCGUAAAUAUGGUGUUACGUUUAGUCCAGGACGAUUAUUCGCUCAUGAUGAAGAAGCGAAAGCAAAAUUAGCACAUUGUCUUCGUCUUUGCUUUACUAUUGUUGACUGUGAACAAUUACGAGUAGGAUGUGCAAGAUUAAAACAAGCUUUUGAAGAAUAUAAGAACAUAACAUUGUAA